AUGGAGACCAGAAUAGUAAAAGUUGCCCCCGGCAAGGGUACUCAGCUUGGCCGCUUCGAAGCCUCUUCUGGAACCUCAAAGGUCGAAGAAUGGCGCAUCUUGCCCGAAGCAAAAGAUGCUGUCGCCGCUCUGGAACAGGCAGCAAACUAUCUCAAGACCAGCGACACGCCCGUGGCCUUUCCAACGGAGACAGUCUACGGUCUUGGAGCAGACGCAACUCGCAGCGGCUCUGUUAAGGGCAUCUACGCCGCAAAGGGCCGGCCGUCGGACAACCCGCUGAUUGUGCACGUUGCGGACCUUCACAUGCUGCGGGAGCUGCUGGGCAAGGAGAGGGACGACGAGGAGGCGAUUCCGAGCAGGUAUCGGACGCUGAUAGACCGGUUCUGGCCGGGUCCUUUGACGAUACUGCUGCCUAACCCGCAGCCUUCGCAGCUGGCGCCGGAAGUUACUGCUGGACUCACGACUUUUGGGGCCAGGAUGCCGUCGUCGCCGUUGGCUUUGAGUCUCAUUAAACUUGCGGGCGUGCCUUUGGCUGCGCCCUCAGCAAACGCCUCGACGAAGCCGUCACCCACGGCAGCGCAGCAUGUUAAGGAUGAUCUGGAUGGGCGGAUUGAAUUCAUCCUCGAUGGAGGCCCGUGCCAGGUUGGCGUUGAGAGCACCGUUGUGGACGGCCUCUGUGAACCUCCUGUGGUGCUGCGUCCAGGAGGCAUCGGUUUGGAGGAGCUUCGAAGCUGUCCUGGCUGGGAGAACGUAGUCAAGGCCUACAAGGAUCACAGUGAAGAGGGAAAAGCAGCGCCGAGGGCACCGGGAAUGAAGUACAAGCACUACAGCCCCAAGGCAAGGGUGGUGCUCUACGAGUCUACGUACAAGGACGGCUUUGAUGGCGUUUUACCGUCCGACAUUGGAGUUACUGGCGCUACAGAGAACGGCAAUACUCAGAAAACCAACGGCCAUUCAUCAAAGAGAAUAGGUGUCAUCCGGACACAGCGGUGGAAGUCGGGAGCGGGCCUUGAGUGCGGCGCUUUACAGCCUGCUCCCGUCGACUCAGACGCUCACGACGACGAGUAUCUCAACCCUGCAUAUCAGGUAUAUAAGGGUGAUCUCAAGAACAGCCAGGGAGAGGUCAUCGGCGAGCUUUUCGACAUAGACCUAGGACAAGACACCAAGAGGAUAGCCCAGGGGCUGUUCUCUGCUUUGCGGGAGUUGGAUCGACGAAACAUAGACACGAUUUUUGUAGAUGGCAUAGAAGGCGAGCUGGAUAUUGCCGCUGCCGUUAUGAAUCGCCUGCGUAAGGCGGCUUCGGAGAUUAGGUCAUGA